AUGAAGUAUACUAUUUCCAGGGGAUACAAAGUUGAUUCUUACGAAUUUGGAAAUCAACUCUCCGGAGCUGGGAUGGGCGCAAGGGUUGAGGCUGAACAAUAUGGAAAAGACGUAAUAGUACUUAAGAAUAUGGUGAAAGACUUACACCCAGACCCCAAAACUCAACCAAAGGUUCUAGGUCUUAGUGGCUUUUAUGACGAGAAAUGGUUUAAUGUCUUCCUAGAAGUUUCGGGACAAGGAGUUGUUGACGGAGUUACACACCACAUCUACAAUCUUGAACCUGGUGAUGGUCUAAACUUGAUUACCAAGAUUCAAGAUCCUUCGUACUUGAAUCAAUCGGGAGCUUGGGUUUCUGAAUCUGGUGGAGCUCUUCAGGGCGAUGCUAAAGAUGUGUCUCCAACCUUUGCUGAUGGAUUUUGGUAUUUUGAUCAAUUAGGAAUGGCUGCAACCUACAAUCACAAGGUUUUCUGCAGGCAAACUCUCAUCGGUGGAAAUUAUGCUUUACUUAACACUACAACAUUUAUUUCCAAACCCGAUUACUACGGUGCGCUUCUAUGGUACCGGCUUAUGGGAAGUAUUGUACUUGCAGUAACUCAAGUGUCUAACCCGAAUUUGCGUGUAUAUGCUUAUUGUGCGAAGAAAAAGCCUGGGGUUUCUAUCAUUUUUAUCAACUUGUCGAAAGAUAGCUCGUUCGAUGAAGAGUAUCAUCUGACUGCAUUAGGUGGAGAUAUACAAGGUCAAAUCGUGUUGCUGAAUGAGGUUCCAAUGGUUCCGACAGAUACAUUCGACAUUCCGGCGAUGGAUCCAAAGCUUGUCAAUGCUUCCACACCCAUCUCGGUUGUAGCUCAUUCCAUAGUCUACAUAACCAUCAGAGACUUUCAUGCCCAUGUCUGUGUUUAA